AUGCGGAUCCCAGCAGACUACUACAUGAUCACUCGCGACCCUUCCGAGGCUGCGCGGCUUGACCAGCAACACCGCUUAGUGCUGAAUUGCCAGGGGUAUUAUUUCCAUCCAGCCAUCUCGUUCGACGCGUCCUCUCCGACACAUGUUGCCGAUUUGGGGACCGGAUCAGCUGCGUUUCUUCUCGGACUGGCCCAGCAUGUACACCCAGAUAGCCAACUACAUGGCUUUGACAUCGAAAACACGAUGUUCCCACCCCAGUCAUCCCUUCCGGCUAAUAUCAGGCUACACACGGCGGACAUCAAGAAGCCUUUCGAAGCUCGAUGGCACGGAUACUUUGACAUUGUCCACAUAGCAUCCAUACAAGGUGAAAUGCGCAGGGACGAGUGGGCUGUAGCUCUAAAGAAUGCGGUCACCCUUCUCAAGCCUGGUGGUUGGUUGCAAUGGGCUGAAUCAGAUUUUGGGGUCGCAUCGAGGCACGCUAUGAGAAGCGCAGCACCUGUUGGUUCAGCAGAGGCUUCGUUGUGUGCCGUCAAGGAAAUGCGGACCGAGACGGACCAAAUUGAGCGCUUUUCCCCCUUUCGACCACAGAUUCUUGACCGCUUGACUGCGCUACUCAUCGACAAUGCACGAGUGCAGGAUUGUAUUUAUGGCUACCUCAAUUUGCAUACUCUGAUGGCCGAUCCCGCCGUUGGUGGACUGGAGUCUGUGAACAGGGAUGUCUUUGCUCUUGAUCGCUACGACGAUGGCGGCGAGUGUAGAAGACGAUCCACAGCCAUCUUCGCAACAGCUAUAUCUCAUAUGCUGCAGGCGAGAGAAGAUGCCGGGUUUGGGGAUGUGAGCGAGGUGCAUAGCGGUGGUCUGGCUGGGCUGAUGCAUGAGAUCGAGAAGGACCUUGCAGGUGGUGCGUGGUUCACAUUUCACAUGGGUGUCUUUUACGGACGAAAGAAGCAGUAG